GGGAUAAAGUUUCACAAAAAAUUGAAGGAAAAAAGUUCGUGCGCGAGGAGAAGGAGAGCGUGCCAACCUUCAGUCUGAAACCAGUUUGUUUCUGAAGCUCGAGGCGCGAGACAGCAGAGCGCGAGACAUCUUCUAAUCAUCUUCUCCUCAUCUUUACGGAUAUCUACACAUCUUUUGUCACCACGGCUUCAACGGUGGACAGCGUGUUUGGUGCUCUUUCUCUGCAUUUGUUCCAGAGGGACAUGGACGAGGUGUCCGGUUCUCCGGUGUCCCCUGUGGACAGUCUGCUGAGCAGCGAGGAGGAGCUGGAGGACAGACAGCUGGACAGACAACAACAGAGACGCUUCCCGGCCAAGAGGAGAACCAGCAAGAAGUCCAGCGAGGACAGCAGCGGCGGCAGCAGCAGCCCGGGUCCAGGUCCGGGUCCGGGUCCGGUGAAACGGGUGAAGAAGCAGAGUCCCAGCAGCAGCAACCAGUCGUACGAGGAGCUGCAGAACCAGCGGUGCCUGGCCAACGUCCGGGAGAGACAGAGGACUCAGUCUCUCAACGAGGCCUUCACGUCUUUACGGAAAAUCAUCCCGACGCUGCCGUCAGACAAACUGAGCAAGAUCCAGACCCUGAAGCUCGCCUCCAGGUACAUCGACUUCCUCUGUCAGGUGCUGCAGAGCGACGAGAUGGACAACAAGAUGUCCAGCUGCAGCUACGUCGCGCACGAAAGACUCAGUUACGCGUUCUCUGUGUGGAGGAUGGAGGGCGCCUGGUCCAUGUCCGCAACUCACUAGCACCCAGAGACAGAGACACCCAGAGACCUGCACGGACACUAUGCCAAAGCGACUGUUUACUUCUACAAAGUAUGAAGACCAAAGGGAUUAUUGAAGAACCCAUCGACCUCAAAGGCCUGGCGGAGAGACGUAAUGUGACCCACAACUACAAACUCUUGGGGAGAGUGUGUGUGCGUGCGUGUGCGUGUGUGUGUGUGGAUGCAGAUUCAUACUGACUGUCUGGAGCUGUUUGUGGCCGAGAGAGAGGGGGGAUACAGAUUACAGCUCGGCCUGGAUGUCAACAAAAGCCAACUAGAAGGAUAUAUAUUUUGUUUUUCAAAGACUUUAAAACCAAAGUAUAAAUAAAUAUAUAUAUAAAUAUAUAUAAAUGAAUGCAUAUUGUACAUACCUGUGUAAGUACGCCUAUAGCCUGUAAAGGGACAAAUGCAAUUUAGAGUCAUUUGCUGCAUGGAUUUAUUUCACCGACUUUCGUUUAGCAAGUCUCCAAAGUCCGUCCAAUGUACAUUUUUUGUUUUUGUUUAUUUAUUAAAACACAUAUUUUUGAACGAAA